GGGUGUAAAGCUUCGCACUCCACUCCACACCUCACCCUUAGCCGACCACCUAACAGCCUCAGCCUCGUGUUCUUAGAGCAAUGGGCGAGCCCACUGGGCUUCGGGUGGAAAAUGCCCUUAACACUCUCCAGGUCCUCACAGAUGACAAUGGAUCCUAGGCCAUUUGGGUGAUUUUAACCGGACAGCAAAAGGGGCACACUUCUCGUUGACAUUUUCCACUGUCCUUGUAACUUAAAAUCAAAAGUCAAAUCACUUUCAGAGACUGACUCUUCAACCUGGCUACCGGUUAAGGAGAAGAGCGCACGCCGCAGAGAGAGACGGUAUUCCCCGCUAGCCUCUGGGGCUGAUGGGAAGCAAAAUCGGCGUCAGUUACCCCGACCCAAAAUGGCAGGUUACUCCGUCGCGAAAUAAAGAUGAGAGGGCUGUUGGGAGACGUCACAAUGAGAAGAGAGAAUGAGAGCAUCAUUUUCUUGCUCCAACAUGCAGGCGGAAGUUACAGAAGAGAGACUAGGUAAAGACGACGAAGCACCCAGAUGGCAGAAACAGCACGCCAGGCGAGGGUGCCCAAAGGCGACACCGACCCGACCCAAGAUGGCGCCGGACGUUAUUACCGCGGAACGCAAAGGAGGCGGUGACCAUCCCGAUCCAAGAUGGCGGCGCCGGUUGAGGUGGCUUGUUAUAGCAGUUGGUCUGGUCAGAGCAUACCUGGCUAAGGGUAGCUAUCAUAGCCUUUAUUAUUCCAUUGAAAAGCCUUUGAAAUUCUUCCAAACUGGAGCCUUAUUGGAGAUUUUACAUUGUGCAAUGGGAAUUGUUCCAUCUUCUGUUGUCCUGACUUCUUUUCAGGUGAUGUCAAGAGUUUUUCUAAUAUGGGCAGUAACACAUAGCGUCAAAGAGGUACAGAGUGAAGACAGUGUCCUCCUGUUUGUUAUUGCCUGGACAAUCACAGAAAUUAUCCGUUAUUCCUUUUAUACAUUCAGUUUAUUAAACCAUCUGCCUUACCUCAUCAAAUGGGCCAGGUACACACUUUUCAUUGUGCUAUACCCAAUGGGAGUGUCAGGAGAAUUGCUCACAAUUUAUGCGGCUUUGCCCUUUGUCAGACAGGCUGGACUGUACUCCAUCAGUUUACCUAACAAAUACAAUUUCUCCUUUGACUAUUAUGCAUUCCUAAUCCUGGUCAUGCUCUCCUACAUUCCACUUUUUCCCCAGUUAUACUUCCACAUGAUAUACCAGAGAAGAAAAGUCCUUUCUCAUACUGAAGAACACAAGAAAUUUGAAUAGUUCUGUUUCCUGCAUCUUCCAAAAACCAAACUUUUCAAAGACAAAAAAUGCUGCAGACUUUUUGAGUUCUCAGUACAUUUCAUAGAAAAUAAGUAAGAACUAUUUUUAAAAUACUGAAAAAUAAAACAAAAACCAAAAUCUAACAUCACAUGGGCCUGGGAUUUUGUUUAAAAAAAAUUUUUAAAGCCGUUACAUAAAGCGUCCUGGCCGGUCUUUUCAGCAUGCUUUUUCAACCAAAAGUUCCCAAUAUUUACGAUGGCGUUAGAAAGGGAUUUGGCAUUUUAUAUCCUGUUUCCUUCAUGUAUCUGAUAAAUAAAGAUCUGUAACAUUAAA